AUGCCGGGGGGGCGCGCCAUCCGCGUGCUGAACGUGGCGGAGAAGCCGUCCGUCGCACGCGCCGUGGCGGAGAUCCUCGCGCGGUACGGCGGCGGCGGGGUGAGGUCACGCGAGGGGCGGUCCGUGUACAACCGCAUCUUCGAAUUCACUUACAUGAUGAACGGGCAGCCAUGCGACAUGGCGAUGACGUCAGACAAGGUGGCACUGGAGGUGUUGCCUUGUCUUCCAAGUUUCCAUCAUCACCUGCCAUCCCCCUCCACCUCCCCGCUCCCCCAUUCAUCUGUAGGACAAGGUGGCACCGGAGGACAAGGUGGCACUGGAGGUGUUGCCUUGUCUUCCAAGUUUCCAUCGUCACCUGCCAUCCCCCUCCACCUCCCCGUUCCCCCAUUCAUCUGUAGGACAAGGUGGCACUGGAGGUGUUGCCUUGACAAGGCGGCACUGGAGGUGACGUUGAGGGAGGAGGCGAGGCGCAGCGAGCAGCUGGUGUUGUGGCUGGACUGUGACCGGGAGGGCGAGAACAUCGCCUAUGAGGUCAUGCAGCGCCUGUACGAGCUUGUGGUGAGGCACUUCCUGGCGACGGUAUCGCAGCCAGCGGUGGGAUUUGAGACGAUUGUGACCGUUGAUAUCGCGGGGGAGGCGUUCAAUGCGAGGGGACUCAUGAUCACUGCGCGCAACUACCUGGACGUCUACCGCUACGACUCCUGGGGCGCACACACGCUGCCGGCCUUCCAGACCGGCCAGCAGUUCACCCCCACAGACCUCGAGCUCAGGUCGGGACGCACCGAACCUCCGCCGCUGCUCUCUGAAGCUGACCUGCUGGGGCUGAUGGACAAGGCGGGCAUCGGAACAGACGCCACGAUGCAUGACCACAUCAAGAAGCUGCUGGACCGCUGCUAUGCCACCAAGGAUGCCAACAUCCGCUUCAAGCCCACGCCUCUUGGCGAGGCACUGGUGUUGGGGUACGACAACAUGGGGUACGAGCUGUGGAAGCCGCACCUGAGAGCGCUGAUGGAGAGGGACAUGCGGCUGGUCAGUGAGGGGCGCAAGAGCAAAGCGCAGGUGCUGGCAGACACUCUCCGAGCCACCAAGGCCGCGUUUAUGGACGGGCGCAAGAGCAAGGCGCAGGUGCUGGCAGACACGCUCUGGGCGACCAAGGCCGCGUUUAUGGACGCGAGGGAGCAGCAGCAGAAGCUGAUUGAUGCGUUGGCUCUCUUCUUUGACAGUCUCUAUACCUCCCCCACGUUCUUCCUUUCUUUCGCCAUCUCACAUCUCUUUCCGUCUGCCAUCCUCCCUUCCCUCUCCAUCCUCCCAUCCAUUCUCUCCCCAUGCUCCUCCCGUGCUCCCGUGUGCAAUCAGGGCGGCAGCUUCAUGGCAGGAUGCUCCGGGUUUCCACUUUGCAGAGAGGCCGUGUGGAUGCCAUCUGCUCUGGUUGAGGCCACCCUUGCUGACUCACACUGCCCUAACUGUCGCCCAGGCCCCCUUUCGUGCCGCAAUCUGCGCUUUCGCCGCUCUGAAGUCCCGCCCCAGUUUGACCCCGUGCAACAAGCAGUGUGCAUCAUUUGCAACCCAGACUUCAAGGACCUUUUAGAAGCUUGCGGUUCAUCCCGCCCCUCCAUCGCCUCUCACCCCCGCCCUCCCGCUCCCCCACCAUCACACGCACCACCAUUCGCUGGUGCUCGCCCCUCCUCCGCUCCUCCAUUCCGAAACCCUCCCACCACCUCUGCAUCAACUCCACCGCCACGGACAGCCCGUGGCUCGGGCCGAGCCUCGGGUGCAGGCUCGGGGAGAGGGACCCAGGGCCGAGGUGCGGCAGCAGGUGGAACCACCAGGUCGGGCCGAAGCAACGCUCAGGGUCAGCAGAGGGGUGGAAGGGGGAGGCAGGGAAGUGUGGGGCCACAGAGGGGAGGGGGCGGCAGAGGAAGGGGUGGUGGGGGUGGGAGAAGCAGCAGCAGAGUGGGGCAAGGGGGAGGGAGGCGUGUGGUUGGGGCGACUGGUGAGAGCAUGGGCUUUGUACGGUCUAGUGAGUUGACUCAAGGUGCUGGUGUUGGUGAUGGUGGUGGGAGGGGUGGCGAUGCUGGGUGUUACACAUGUGGUGAUCCGUUUCACUGGUCACACGAGUGUCCUCUCAAUCAAUAA